AUGUAUUUAAACAAACCUUAUAAAUCCGAUGACAGUGAAUUUUUUACACAUACCCUCCACGAUACGGGAGACGGUUUCAACAAACAGAAUAAGGCUAAACAUGAAUCAAAACCGGUUAAAAGAAUCUUCAAAUAUGACGAGAAGCUGAUUAUCGAUAGAAGCAUCAGUAAAAACAUUAAAACGCGCUACAAAUUACAACAGUUCCCAAAAAAACAGGGAGUUACCAGAGACGGCUCGUACAAGUUCUGCUCCAACUUGAGGAUUUGUGGAGGCUCUAUUCGAGGGCGCAAAUUGUGCAUACCUCCGGUCUACGUUAGGCCCGUCAUGUCCAGAGUUAAGAUAAGUGUGUUCAACUUCUUAAGGAGCUUGAGUCUUUUUUCAAUCGACAAGACCACCAAUGUUAUUGAUUUGUACUGUGGCACUGGUUCUCUCGGAUUAGAAUCACUUUCUUAUGGUUCUCACAAAUGUACUUUUGUCGAUAUUUCACUCAAGUGUCUCAAAGCUGUUAACUUAAACACCAUCAAGUGUGGUUUUCAAGAUAAGUGUCGGAUAAUAAGAUCAGAUUCAAUUGAACUUAUAAACUCACCCUAUUUGUACAAUAUUAAUGAGAAAUUUGAUUUGAUGUUUGUUGCUCCUCCCUACGAGGAGGUAAUAUACUCGGACUUGUUGCAGUACAUAAGCGAAUGUAAAAUAUUGAACGAUAACGCAAUUGUGGUUGUUGAAUAUCCAAAGGAACUCUCGUUUCUACCUCACGUCAUAAACGAUAAGCUUUUUGGUGUCAAGAAUAAAAAAUACGGAAGGACUGUUAUUGCUAUGUACCUGUUCAACCCUUCUGAGAACCGCAGACACUUGGUUGAACGCGGCAGGAGGUCCUUCGUCCCCAGGACUGGCAGUUCUAAGAAACUGAGGACUGGCAGGAGCGUCAACGGCGAUGUUUUGGUAUACUAG